UUCCCGUCUGUUUAUGAAUAACGAAGGGCAACGUCCACCCCCGCCCCCUUGCCGUGGGGCAAGUGGAUUAUGAUAAAUGUAAUCACAUUUGUGGGAUUAAGUACUUUCCACGUAAUUCUCGGUUAAUCCUCUAUCCCGUAUAAAAGCCGGGAAUUAGGGAGAAAGGAAAUCUCUUGAUGUGAAACAGAAAUGGGUCAGGCCGCGACUAUACCCCUGAGCAGUGGCUCCUACGUCCUGGAAUUACAUGAAUGGUAUAGAAAGUUUGUGCAGGAAUGUCCUAGUGGACUGAUCACCCUCCAUGAAUUUCGGAAGUAUUUCUGUGACUGCACCGUCGGCACAGAAUCAUCUGAAUAUGCAGAGCAGAUAUUUCGGAAUCUGGAUAAGAAUGGGGACGGGAUUGUGGAUUUUCGGGAAUACGUUACAGCAAUCAGUAUGUUGGCUCAGGGGUCUCCAGAGGAAAAGCUUCGUUGGUCAUUUGAUCUGUAUGACAAGGACAGAGACGGGACAAUUACUCGAUGUGAAAUGCUGGAAAUAAUGAAGGCCGUUUAUAAAAUGAGUUUGGCGACUUCUCUGGCCAAGUCCAACCCUCCGACGGCAGAGGAAUGUACCAAUCGGAUCUUCGUUCGGCUGGACAAGGACCACGAUGCUCUGAUCAGUCGGCAGGAAUUUAUAGACGGAUCCCUGUGUGACGAUUGGAUACGAGACAUGCUGGAAUGUGAUCUGAGGACCCUCCAUGUCCAGAGACCCCACAAACAUAUCCACCUGCACCCCAACUCCUCCAGGGACAACUUGUUCCUCAAUGAGCUCAGCCAAGAUCAUCAUCAAUAGACCUGGAUCCCAUUUACUCACUGAGAAUCCACCCCUCCCCCAAAUGUCUUUUUAUCUUGGGGGGCUGCUCCUUCUUUUUUUUACUUUGGAUUUGUAUUUGUCUAAAUUAAAUAUUGAGAGUUAAUUAUU